AUGGCAACUCAGCAGAUAAAUCGUAUUAUUGAGAAGCUAGAUUGGAAAGCAGUCGAAGCUGCUUUGUUCAAUACUGAGCGCGCUGACUCGGAUCCUGGUUUUGAGGUUUGUGAAGCUUCAUUAGAAACAUGGGAGAGAUACGACAAGUCAGAGUAUCAAGCACUUAAAUCGAGAGCAAUGACAUUUGAAGGUGGUAAACUCUACAUCGUCGAACUUCCAUCUGGCAUUCACGAGGUCUUCUUAGGUCUACUAGACUUUGCUGUGCUGACUGCGACUGGAACAGGUACUCAACACUUGCAGUCGUGUAGAUCAACUUACGUGGAAAGCCUAAGAAAACUCGAGCCCGAUUGUAGCUUUGGUCCUACUUUUGGUGUUGGUGCCGUUUGUCCCACAGGAAUGACGUGGUCUGAAUACCACACAUUAAAGGUGGAAGUGGGCAUCUCGCGAGGAUGGCCCUGUUUGGAUAGAAAAGCAGAUCGAUGGAGAGAAUAUCCUGGCGUCGAAUUUAUUCUCUGUAUUCGUUUGUCACGAACGCUGCGAAUUCGUCAGUAUAAGCUCUACACAAUGGAUAAUCGCGCAAAUCCUCUUCCGCAAAUGAAUCCAGUUGCUAUCAUUAAUCCGACUGAUAUAACUUUCAACUCGCGCCGUCUUUUAGGCCUCGUUGGACGUCGUCGCAUUCCCCCAGGCUUCUCUCGCCCUAAUGUUGUGCUUGAUUUGAUUCUGCUCAUUGAGAUAUUAAUGCAGCGAAUCCAGUGA